AUGUCGGAGAAGACAGCUAAGCAAAGAGUUGCUGUGAUAGGGGCAGGUCCAGCUGGACUUUGUUGUCUGAAGCAUCUUUGUGACAAUCUAAACAUCUUUGAACCAGUAGCGUUUGAACGUAAUUUUUGGCCUUGUGGGUUAUGGAACUACACGGACCAGACUAUCAAAGACGAUUUCGGACUUCCGAUACACUCUGCUCUAUACAACAGUCUAAGAAUAAAUCUCCCAAAGGAACUACAAGAGUUUCCAGGUUUCCCCUAUCCUAACGAAUGGAUUACUUCCUACAUCACACGUCAGCAGUGCUUGCAAUACCUCAACAUGUUUGCAGACAAUUUCAAACUCAGACCAUACAUUAGGACGCAUACCUUUGUUCACGAUGUUAGACCAUUCAAAGAAGUACAGGAAAACGGCCUUGUGAAAUGGUUACUGACCUUUUCUUCUACGACCAAGUUAUCAGAUGUCAAAACGGAAGUGUUUGAUUCUGUUCUCGUAUGUAAUGGACGUGAAAGCAAAGCGUACAAUCCAAAUAUUCCCGGAAUGGAAUUGUUUGAGGGAAGAAUGAUACACAGCAAAGAGUUUAGACAUGAGGAACAUUUUGACGGUCUUCGAGUUGCAAUUCUGGGUUGCAGUUUUUCAGGAGAAGACAUAUCAAUGCAUGUAGCAAAAUUUGCAAAAAAGGUAUUUGCAUGCCAUAGACGAAAUCCAAAGGAGUUCCCGCCGUCUUUCCCAAAAGAAAUAGAACAAAGGCCCCCAUUUGUCCGUAUGACAAACGAUUCGGUGGUUUUUCCCGAUGGCAGCUGUGAACAGGUGGAUGCUGUUAUAUUCUGUACCGGAUAUCGUUACUCAUUUCCUUUCUUGAGAGAUGAUAUCAUAACGAUUACAGAUGAACGCAUUCAGCCAAUAUACAAACACAUGUUUCAUAUCGAAUACCCAAACCUAAUUUUUCUUGGAAUUUCUCGUCAGUUUUUAAACUUCCCUCAAUACUAUGAAAUGGCAAAACUUGCGGCACUGGUUUUCGCAGGAAAAGUGAACCUUCCGUCCAAAGAAGAAAUGAGGGCAGAAAGUGAAGCUGAUUUCCAGUCUCGUCUGAAGGAAGGGAAGUCGCAGUCUUUUGCCCAUUGCUUCGGGGAUUUUGGUCGACAAUUUCGAUAUAACGAAGAACUUGCACAAUUAGGUGGGUUUGAUCCACUCCCACCAGUUCUUGAGAUGAUUUUUCUUGACAUCGCGGAUGAAAGAUACAUGAAUCUUUCACAUUGUAAUGAGUUUAACUAUCGAAUUACUGGACCUAAAUCUUAUGUUUGCUUGAACCCCGAGAAGAUUAAAACAAGAGAAUCAAAGGCUGAAAACGUUGUGAAUGAUAAAUAA